GAUCUUCUUCUCAACAUAUACACUUUCAUCUAUAUACUUGCUAGUUAAGCAUUGAGUGGCUUGAUUAGUACGGAGUAACAUACAAAUGGCUUUUCCGUCUCCUCUUUUGCUAGUCUUGUUCGUUUUUCUUCCUCUUUGUAUCGGAAGAUCUAAUGCUAAUCUAUACUAUAAUUUUUGUCCACAACUAUUUUCGACUAUCAGAGGUGUGGUGCAAUCUGCUAUCAACAAAGAGCCUCGUAUGGGUGCCUCAUUGCUCCGCCUUCACUUUCAUGAUUGCUUUGUCCAUGGUUGUGACGCAUCUAAUUUGCUAGAUGAUUCCCCUUCUUUCAAGAGUGAAAAAGGUGCAGCUCCAAAUAGAAACUCUGCUAGAGGAUUUGAAGUCAUAGAUCAAAUCAAAUCAGCGGUUGAAAAAGUUUGCCCGGGUGUAGUUUCUUGUGCUGAUAUUUUAGCAAUUACUGCUAGAGAUUCCGUUGCUAUUUUAGGAGGGCCUAAUUGGGAUGUGAAGCUUGGUAGAAGAGAUUCAUUGACAGCCUAUUUCGCCGAGGCCAACGCCACCAAUACAAUUCCUGCAGCAAAUGCUAGCCUCAGUAAUCUCAUUUCUAGCUUCCAAAAUCAUGGACUUUCUACUAGGGACUUGGUUGCCUUGUACGGGGCCCACACAAUUGGAGAAGCAAGGUGCACAAACUUUAGGCAACACAUAUACCAAGACAAGAACAUUGAUCCCUCAUUUGCAAAAUCAAACCAAGGAAAGUGCCCUAAACAAAAUGGAAAUGGAGACAAUAACUUGGCACCCUUAGAUGCUCAAAGUCCUAACAAAUUUGACAACACUUAUUUCAAGACCCUUCUUAACAAACAAGCAAUUCUUCAUUCAGACCAAGAGUUGUACAACGGAGGAGGUGCUACUGAUACGCUUGUCCGAACUUAUGCUUCGAAUCCAAAUGCAUUCAUCUCCGAUUUUACUGCCUCGAUUAUUAAGAUGGGUAACAUCAAUAUUCUUACUGGUUCACAAGGACAAAUUAGGAAGAACUGCAGGAGAGUGAACUAAUUAUAUAUCUUAAGGCUAUUGUAAGAAUUAUAAGCUAAGUUUGAGUUUAAUUUGUGAUGAUGUUGCAUUUUUACUUUCCUUAAGAAUUGUGAGUUUUUAUUAUGCUUUAUUUACGUCAAUUAAUUUGUACUGUGAGUCGUAAGACAUAGAUAUUGUAAUGUUUAGUGAUGCAUUUAUCAUAAAGCGUCAACAAUACAAGUUUAUUUAAAGAAGUAAAUUAUCUACAAGUUCUUUCUUAA